AUGAACGGUGCCCUUGCCCCAGAGCGCUGCGACGUCCCGCAGAAGAGUCACCGGCCCGAGCAAUGGAGGGAGCCGGGCAGGAGUCUUGCUCCCGGCAGUCCCGGGCUGGAGGGAGAGCUCAGUGAGCAGCCUCAGCAAGCCAGAAGGAUUGGCUAUAAAUUCCUAGAAAGUCUCCUUCAGAAAGACCCUUCAGAAAUUGUCAUCACACUUGCUUCCAGUUCAGGUUUGAAGGAACUUCUUUCCCAAACAGCUAUGAAACCCAAUUUCCUUCAGCUCGUUUGCCAGGUCCUUCGUAAAGCAUGCAGUUCCCGAAUGGAUAGACAGAGUGUCCAGCAGCUUCUUGGAGAGGUGAAAGAGUCCAACUUUCUCAAGAUUUGUCUGCCACAGUAUGUGUCUGACAUGAUAACAGAAGCAGUCCCUGCUGUACGUCAUCAGUACCCUGUGCAUAUUAGCAACAUCAUUUCACUUCUUCGGGACCUGAUCAGUAUUUUCCCAGCAAGUUCUGUGCAGAAAAUAUCCGUUCUCUUGACAGUCUUGCCAGCAUCCAUAAAGUCACUGAAAGAUUCUGGUGUGAACAUCACAGAAGAAACACAGAAGAAUCUCAAUGAAGUCCAGAUGCUUAUGCAGCACCUGCAGGAGAAGAAACGUGAAGGUACACUGAGGGCUGAUAACUAUACACUUAUGCGGCCUCAGACUGAAAGUCAAGAGGAAACUUAUCGUACAAUGACCAUUUAUCCGACAUAUAAUGAGGUACACCGUGAGGAGAAACCUUUUCUACGUCCCAAUAUUGUUUCUGGAAGAUAUGAGAGCACCAGCAUUUAUCUUGACACCCAUUUCCGGCUUUUGAGAGAAGACUUUGUAAGGCCUUUAAGAGAAGGUGUCUUGGAGCUUUUGAGGAGCUUUGAGGACAAAGGUUUAAGAAAGAAAAAAUUUGAUGAUAUCAGAAUCUAUUUCGACGCACGGAUUAUUACCCCUCUUUGUUCCCCAUCUGGUAUUGUUCACAAGGUCCAAUUUGACGUAAAACCACUAAAGUUUGUACGAUGGCAGAACUCCAAACGAUUGCUAUAUGGAUCCCUGAUCUGUAUGUCCAAAGAUCACUUUGAAACAUGCCUUUUUGCCACUGUUUCUAAUCGUGAUAAUGUAGAUCUUGCCCACGGGAUUGUGCAGCUUUGUUUCAGCAAGCAGAGCAAAGCACUGCUGGCAGAGGUUCAACCCUCAGAUUCCUUUAUCAUGGUAGAGACAGCUGCCUACUUUGAGGCCUAUCGACAUGUGUUAGAAGGGUUACAGGAAAUCCAGGAAGAAGAUAUUCCAUUCCAGAAGUACAUUGUGGAAUGUGAUGCACAGGUGAAGAAGCCAGCGUACUUGACAAUGAAUACUGCCUACAACUUUGCACCCUUGAUGGAAGAUCCCCUGUCAGAUGAAGAGAUACACUCUGAUGGUUUGAGAAGGCAAAGUGUCCAUGUUCUAGAUCCCAAGCAGUGGCUUUCGAUGGAAACCUUGAGAUUGGAUGAAUCUCAGAUGCAGGCAUUGAGUCUUGCACUCACCAAGGAGCUCGCUAUUAUCCAAGGACCUCCUGGGACUGGGAAGACUUACGUGGGUUUGAAGAUUGUUCAGGCUCUCUUGACUAAUAAGCAUGUGUGGCAAAGCACUGUCCAGAAGUCUCCCAUCCUUAUAGUCUGCUACACUAACCAUGCACUGGAUCAGUUCUUAGAAGGAAUAUACAAAUUCCAAAAACAUGGAAUGGUGCGUGUUGGGGGCAGAAGUAGCAGUGAGGUCCUGAAGCAAUUCACCUUGAAGGAGCUGAGGAAGAAGCGUGAAUUCCGAUACAACUUGCCAAUGCAUCUCCGCAGGGCCUAUGUGAAUAUAACCAGUGAGAUGAAAUGGGCUGAGGAGGAGCUCCACAAAGGAGUUAAGCACUUGGAAUGCACAACAUAUGGAGUUCUGCAUGAGCGCUACUUGGCAGCAUGCAUUGCACCCCAGCACUGGGACAGUCUGAUGAAUGGUCUGGAUGAUGAGGAGUUUUGCUACAAUGCUUCACGACACUCAAUGAUUCUGGAGUGGCUGGGCCUUGGUAUAACUGUCUUCACCCAGAAUGCUGCAGAGCAUAUAGGGGCUGAGAAUUCAGGUGGUCAGCAGGAGAGAGAGGAGGAGUGGGAAGGUGAAGCAGAAGAGGAGCUUUUGGAGAUCCCAGAGGAGGCUGACCUGAUUCAAGCUGACAGAGUGAUUGAGGAUGAAGAGGCAGCAAAGCCUCAGGAAAGGAAGGAGGAAGAGCACAGAGCUGUUAAUGAGCUAGUCAGUGUGCUGUUGGCUAUGAAGCUGGAGGACCAGGAAGAAGGAACAGCCCAAACACAACAGAAGACUAUGCAGUGGGAGACAACUGCUGCACAGAGGAAAAAAAUGAGACAGAAGAUGAAGGUUGAGCUCCGUAAACUGAAUGCAAUGACAGAGUUAGAGGCUAAGGCUGUUCAGGAUCUGUGGCAGCUUGACCUGAGCUCCCGCUGGAGGCUUUACAGGCUUUGGUUGCAGACCUAUCAGGGGUUUAUUCGACAGAAGAUUAGGCAGCAUGAACAGCAGUACCAGGCAGCAGCAGAAAGGCUGACAGAACUGAGGCUGCAGGAAGACUUGUGCAUUCUGAAGGAGGCCCAAAUUGUGGCGAUGACAACUACAGGUGCUGCCAAAUACCGUCAGUUGUUGCAAAAAGUGGAGCCCCGAAUUGUCAUUGUAGAAGAGGCAGCAGAGGUGCUUGAGGCUCACACCAUUACUACUCUGAGUAAAGCUUGCCAGCAUCUCAUCCUCAUUGGAGAUCACCAGCAG